UUUUCAUUGAUUUGCUCUGAUUUACUUUCUUUGUCUUUUCCUUUAUCAAUUAGUCUGGUAGAUUGUUAUUAAUUGUCAGCUUAAUUGUUACUCUCUUGUUAUAAUUAACUUUGGUUUAUUAAGAGAAAAAGUGAAAAUAUAUUUAGUCAUUACCUUUAACUCUUUGCGAACCUUCAAUUGAUUCAAUCUAUUGAGAGUAAAUUCUUUGUGGAUAUAAAAAUCUUCUGAGUUACUACAAUGAAAGAUAAAGGUAAAGGUAAAGCGAAACCAAGUGAUGCCGUUGAUUCAACAACUAAUCAACCAGAGGAGACGAUUGGUAUUGAUAAGGAAGAUGAGUUUUCCAUUCAACUUAAUUGGUGUUUAACUAAUUUGAAAUCUAUAUUAAGAGGAGAAAGUGAUAGUUGUAAGAAAAUGAAUGAUCGAAAGGUGGCCGAGGCUGGAAGAGUUUACAAUUCAUUGAGUGAUCCAAAAACGCCUUUUAUUAGGAAGCGACAAUUGAUGGCCAAUUAUUUUGGAGAUUAUCGUAAACAAAUGGCCAAAGAAGAGGAAAAAUUUCGGUGUAAAAGUAAUCAACUAAAGAUCACUAAUUGUUUAUCCGAAUCUAAAAUAGGAUCUAAGCCAAUUAUCUGUAAAAAGAGAGAAAAGCUGAAAGAAUCUGUCCCAAGUGAACCUUUCAAAUUUAAUUUUCCACAAUGAGAAAAUUUCAUCUUAAAUUGUUACUCUUAUUCAUUUAAUUUUCCUCUCAAAACUACAAUCAAUAAGUUGAAUAAUCUUGGAAUAAGAAUCAGCUUCACUUGAAAUUACGAUAAACUUGAUGGAAAUCAAAUCACAAGGAGACGAAAUCAAGUUGAUUAAGGCACAAAGUUUUUAUUCAUUGAUUGUAACGAUUAAUACAAACACUAAAUGGAGUGAUAAUCAAAAAGGAUUGUUUAAAAUCACCAUGAUCAUUUUCACCUCAAAUGGAAACGCAAUUCAACUAAUGAAUCCAAAUUAUCUUCCCCAUGAAUAUGAUCCGUAAUUCUGAUCGUCUUUUGAUGAUUAGUGAUUAAUUUUAAAUCUCUUCCAGUCUCUUGAGUCCGAAACUUAAUGAAGCACUCACAAAGGAAACCAUUAUGAUGAUCACAACGAUGAAAAGAGCAAGAUGACUUCCUUUAUAAAAGAAGCUGAUUAACCACCGGAAAUGGUCAAUUUCAAUGAGAACAAUUUAAAUCACUUUGGAAACAAUUAACAACAAUCAAAUUGUAUCAACUUACCUUGGCACUGAAUCGUAAACUUCGUAGGCAUCGAGAUAUCCUUUGAACCAUAUUUUCGAGAUGGACCAGAGACCAAUCGAGUUUUUUCAUCGGCGGUUUUAAUUGCCAUCUUUAAUCCAGUUCUCACUAAAUCACACGUUUAAUUAAAUUCUAAUUGUGAUACUCUUUGUUACUCCCUUUCAAA